CAUCUCGUCAAUAUUAUGACGUCAUUGCAGACCUGCAUUGGGAUUCACUGCACUCGGUCUGUUGACCUUUUCAAUGUAUUUAAUCGCAAACAGAGAGCACAUGGUCAUUGUUUUGAUUCAGCUCUGACGGCGUUGGCAAGACUAGAGUAUUUUUUGUGGAUUCUCUUGAAGAUCUGUCUGCAUAAUUCUUCUAGUGUUAGGCCUACAUCAACGUGUAUUUCGCCCUCCCAACAAAAAUUCAACAGACUUGAAAACAUGUACUCAGAAAUUAUUUUUAUGUUGAUCUUUGGAGUCGUUUCAUCGUACGCCAAGCCGAGAGAGUUCAACCGAGAUGAUCAAUUUGAAGUUCAUCACUCGUCUCAUCAAUUGAUUCGUCCCAAUAGGCCUACGUUUCCAAGAAACUCGGAUGAUCUGGGAUUAAUUGAUAUUCAUCAACUUGUUGAUCCAUUGAAUCAUCGUUCCAAAAGGUCUCCCCAAGACGGUGAGAGACACAGUGUUUCGGCGACGGCCAGCCGGACAGAGCCGCAAAUGGGCAGACCUGCGCAGAACUCGGUGCGCGGUGACUACAGCUACAACUUGUGGCGUGGCGGCAAGAAUGGAGCCACCCUCAACGCAAACACCUUCUACCAGCGCAACUGGGGAGCUGGGCCAAAGCGCGACUACGGCGGUGGACUCAGUGUGUCCGUGCCUUUUGGACGUGGAUAGACUUGUAAUUCAGCUCAAACCAAGAUGGAAAGAACAUUUUAGAAAUUCUAAUUACUUUGUCUUGGAUUGAUGGUUCAUAUUUGAAUGUGAGCAGUAUAGUAUUAGUAAGAGUUAAGUUCCACUUAAGUUGGUGUCACACCACGCCGUUUACGAUAGGACAAGACACAUCUAGACAAAAAUUGCAUAUUCAAAAUGUCCAAAUGCGUCUGGAGUGGUCUCACCUACACCAAUGCUAAAGCUUUCCCACUCGGUUGGACGUGGUCAUUAUGUCCGUUGGUAUCCAGCUUUGUGUGACAAUACCACCCUCAUUCGAUGUCACAGCAAGAUCGCUGAUUCCUAGCUAAUAGUACGUGAUAAUAUUGUCUAAUUCCUAGACUUGUGCGUUAAUAUCAAAAGCAGAUCAUCUUAAGAGAUCUAUAAGUAGGUAAUGAUUUUUAAUGAUAGAUAACUAAAAUAAUAGUGAAGAUAACGUUUAUUCAUACGGAAUUUGUUGUCUUCUCACAAUCAUAACUAUUAUAAUAUUAUGAUGUGUGAUUGUCAAUAAAAAAAA